AUGAACAAUACUACUAUCGACCCGCUGACCACAAAUUCUACAGCUCCACCAUACCGUGACCCAUUUGGAGGACAUACCAUCUGGCAGGUGGUGAUAAUUGUCAUUACAACAGGAAUCCUUUCAUUCAUUACAGUGGUUGGAAAUGUACUGGUUUUCCUGGCUUUCAAAGUGAACAGUGACCUAAAAACUGUCAACAACUAUUUCAUUCUUAGUUUAGCGUGUGCUGAUGUCAUCAUUGGUGCAAUAUCAAUGAAUUUAUAUACCACCUAUAUUAUAAUGGGACGCUGGGCGCUUGGCAGUGUUUCCUGUGACCUGUGGCUGGCACUAGAUUAUGUUGCAAGCAAUGCUUCUGUAAUGAACUUGCUCAUUAUUAGUUUUGACCGUUAUUUUUCUAUAACUCGGCCCCUAACAUACAGGGCUAAGAGAACACCAAGACGAGCUGCCAUCAUGAUUGGAUUAGCAUGGAUUAUCUCGUUCAUCUUGUGGGCACCUGCUAUAUUAUGCUGGCAGUACAUUGUAGGGGAGAGGACAGUGGAGCCUGAUGCAUGUUACAUUCAGUUCUUGUCAGAACCCACUAUUACAUUUGGCACUGCCAUCGCUGCCUUCUAUCUACCAGUUACUAUCAUGAUUAUACUGUAUUGGAGGAUUUAUAGAGAGACAGAGAACAGAAGCAGGGAACUGGCAGGCCUACAGGGUUCUGAGACAGAAAACAUUGUCCGGCCCUUGGGCAGUGUCAGAAGUGGCAGUAGCAGCGGCAUGGGAGAAUCAGAACGGUUACCAAGAUCACAGACAUCUGUGCCAAGGGUGAGGAGAACUUGUUGUUUUCCUAAUAGACUUGCUGCCAGUCCAUCACUCAGAAGCUAUCCUCAGCAUAAAAGUAAUGGAAGCUGGAAUACCAUGGAAGAUGCUGCUUCUGCAGAUUCGGUGUCCUCUUCCUCUGAUGGAGAUGAAAACCCCUAUGAGAUGAAAAGUCUUUGCACUGUUGUCAUGCGAUUACCUAUGGUCAGCUCUGUAGUUGGGACACCUACAGGUUCUCGUGGUUCUAAUGAUACUCUUGGAAGAGGGGAGAUUGAAAAUGAAGCCAAUGGAGGCAAGCAGGAGGUAUCUAGGAAACCAUCCAAGGCCCAGGCCUCAACUUUACCAUCAACUAUUAUUAAAGCCAAGAUUGAGAAAACCCGACAUGGAAAGAGGAAAAGCAAUUCACUCAUUAAAGAAAAAAAGGCAGCAAGGACAUUAAGUGCUAUAUUGUUGGCAUUUAUUUUGACAUGGACUCCUUAUAAUAUUAUGGUGCUAGUCUCCACAUUCUGCAAGGACUGCAUUCCAACUAAACUGUGGGAGUUGGGUUACUGGCUAUGCUAUGUGAACAGUACUGUCAACCCAAUGUGUUAUGCACUCUGCAAUCGCUCCUUCAGGCGUACCUUCAAGAUGCUCCUACUUUGCCGAUGGGACAAACGCAAAUGGAGAACCCACAGACACCAAGCAGCUUUUUUCAGGACCCCAUCACAGUGA